ACUACCCAGUACUGACCCUAAACUUGUCAUUUAUACAGCUGUCUCUCUCUCUUUCUCGUACUCUGUGCGGCACAGUGACACUCCAAUGUUGACCAACUCUUUGACUUUUUAACGUUAACUUUACCGACCUUUGGCCGGGAAGUCGGAAAUCUCAACCGCCUUACUUCCCCUUUCUUCUUUCUCUCCACCACCGUUAACCGCCGUUUGACUAUGGAAAUGACGAAUUCACCCCUGUGCUUUUCCACAUUUCCAUCUUAUAUUUUCCUUUUUCUGUUUUGCUUAAUGCCCUUUGCGGUCAUUUCGCAAUCUCCGGUGACCGACCGUGAUAUCUUAUUGGAGGUGAAACGGCGGUGGGGUAAUCCGGCGUCUCUUGAAGGAUGGAAAGCCACCUCCUCGCCGUGUAGCUGGCCGGAGAUUGAGUGCUCCGGCGACGGCUCCGUCACCGGGAUCCAUUUAAAGGAUUAUAACAUCGUGUCUAAAAUUCCGGCGAAUAUUUGCGGCCUUAAAAAUCUCACCGUCCUCGAUCUUUCCUGGAAUUAUAUUCCGAACAAGUUUCCGACGGGUUUGUAUAACUGCUCGAAGCUGGAGCACUUGGACCUCUCUCAGAACUACUUCGUGGGCCCCAUUCCUUCCGACAUUGAUCGCCUCCGGAACCUCCGGCACCUCGACCUCGGCGGCAACAAUUUCACCGGCGACGUCCCGCCUACGAUCGGGAACAUGACGGAGCUCCGGUUGCUUUAUCUCUACUCCAAUCUGUUCGACGGUACUUUCCCCUUUGAAAUCUCAAAAUUGUCGAAUCUGGAAAGCCUGGGAAUGUCGUUCAACAAUUUCUUACCGGCGAAAAUCCCGCCGGAGUUCGGUAACCUUAAGAAGCUGAAGGUUAUCUGGUGGAGAGCCGCGAAUCUGAUCGGAGAAAUUCCGAGAGGAUUCGAGAAUUUAUUGAGCCUUGAGGAUUUGGAUUUGGCUUAUAAUAGUUUAGAAGGCGAAAUCCCUAGGGGAUUGUUCUUGCUCGCUAAUCUCAGCGAUGUUUUUUUGUUCAAAAACGGGUUUUCGGGUCAUAUCCCGUCGGGUUUUGCAGAAUCUUCGAGAUUGUCCCGGGUCGAUUUGUCAAUGAACAAUUUGAGCGGCGAAAUCCCAGGCGGGUUUGGAGACUUACAGAGACUAGAGGUUUUACAUCUCUUUUCAAAUCAAUUGUAUGGUGAAAUUCCACCAAGCAUAGGGCGAAUUUCAUCUCUGAAAAAUUUUAAGGUUUUCACGAAUAAUUUAAGCGGGAUUUUGCCGCCUGAAUUGGGGCUUCAUUCCCGGCUAGAAGCCUUUGAGGUUUUCGGCAAUAGGUUCACCGGAAACCUGCCGGAGAAUUUGUGCGCCGGCAAGGCUCUCACUGGGAUAACCGCGUAUGAAAACAAUCUGACCGGGGAAAUCCCGAGAUCACUUGAGAAUUGCGACGCUUUGAGGACUAUUCAGCUUUACAGCAAUGGAUUUUCCGGGGAAGUUCCGGCGGGGAUUUGGACUCUGAAGAAUUUGACUAGCGUGAUGCUGAGCGACAACUCAUUCUCCGGCCAGAUUCCGAGCAAGGUAGCACAGAAUUUCACGCGGUUGGAGAUCAACAACAACAGAUUUUCCGGCGAAAUCCCCGCCGGCGUAUCAUCAAUGAAGACAAUUAUUGUGUUUCAGGCGAGUAACAACCAGAUUUCCGGUCACAUUCCGGUGGAAUUCACUGCCCUUUCUCAUCUCAGUGAGCUGAAUCUUGCUGGAAAUUCUCUUUCCGGUGAACUCCCAUCCAAAAUCCUCUCAUGGUCAUCGUUGACCACCUUGAAUCUCGCCGGAAACCACCUUUCCGGCGAAAUCCCAGCAGCCAUUGCUUCUUUGCCUGACCUUCUUGAUCUGGACUUAUCCCAGAACCAAUUCUCUGGUUCAAUCCCCCCGGAAUUAGGCCAUGUUAGGCUCACUAGCCUUAACCUCUCCUCAAAUAAACUCUCUGGGAACAUCCCAGACCAAUUUGAUAACAUGGCCUUUGAAACCAGUUUCUUGAACAAUCCCAAUCUUUGUUCCCACAACCUUAAACUCCCAGGUUGCCAGGCCCAAACUCGCGGCUCUAACCGCCUCUCGCCUAGGAUUCUUGCUCUGAUCCUAGUUCUGGCAGUCACCGUCUUCCUGGUCACAAUUGUAGUAACCUUGUACAUGUUCCGAGACUACAGGAACAAGAAGCACAUUCUUGAUAUCGCGACCUGGAAGGUAACCUCGUUCCAGAAGUUGGAUUUCUCGGAGGAGAAUAUCCUGUCGAGUUUGACAGAAACCAAUAUGAUUGGUAGCGGUGGCUCAGGAAAAGUGUACAAGAUCUCGACGGGGAAGUUAGGGGAGUAUGUUGCUGUGAAGAGGAUCUGGAAUGACAGAAAACUGGACCAUACUCUCGAGAGGGAGUUUCUAGCUGAGGUCGAGAUACUAGGCUCGAUCAGACAUUCGAACAUCGUUAAACUGUUGUGUUGUGUUUCGAGUGACGGAUCAAAGCUGUUGGUGUAUGAGUAUAUGGAAUAUGAAAGCCUUGACAGAUGGCUGCAUCCCAAGAAGAGAGGGUCCUUUCAAGGGAUAGGAUUGGAUUGGCCUAAAAGAUUGCAGAUUGCCAUUGGAGCUGCUCAUGGGCUGUGCUAUAUGCAUCACGACUGCAGCCCGCCUAUAGUUCAUCGGGACGUGAAAUCCAGCAAUAUCUUGUUGGAUUCUGAGUUCAACCCGAAGAUAGCUGAUUUCGGGCUAGCAAAGAUUUUAGCCAAGAAGGGUGAACUAAACACCAUGUCUGCUGUUGCUGGAUCCUUCGGUUAUCUUGCACCAGAAUAUGCAUACACAACGAGAGUGAACGAGAAGAUUGAUAUCUAUAGCUUCGGGGUGGUGCUGCUGGAGCUCGUGACAGGGAGGGAGCCAAACUUCGGGGAGGAGCACACGAGCCUCGCAGAGUGGGCGUGGAAGAACUAUGCAGAAGCGAACAGCAUUGACGAAAUGUUGGACGGGGAGAUCAAGAAACCGGGCUUCUUGGAUGAGAUGAAGACGGUGUUCACUCUCGGGCUCAUAUGCACCAGCACAUCGCCUUCCAGCAGGCCGUCCAUGAAAGAAGUCGUGCAGAUUCUGCAGAGCUGCAGACCUCUGGACAAGUUCGAGAGGAAGAUGUCUGGGAAAAACUGCGACGUGGCGCCCCUCCUAGGCAACGGUGACAAGUAUCUGGCAAGCUAUAAACGCAGCUCGAGGAAGAUAGGUGAUGAAAGUGAUGAUGAUAAUCUGAUGUUGAGUGUGUAAUACUGAGGUGAUUUAGAUGGUAAUGAAGCCAUAACUCAAAACAUCAAACAAGUAGUAUUAAAUUAAAAGUGUUAAAUUAAUAGCGGUACGUGUAGCAUAAAGCAUAGUACGUGGUAUUGUUGUGUGUGUCUUAGGUUGUAGAAUUCUGUAACAUAUACUGUAAUAUAAUAACCAGUCUUGUAUAUUUGUUAUUUUAAUUAAUCCCAGGUUUUGAUAUGGCAAAUGCAGUAAUUUUGAUUUC